AUGUCUGGAACGUGGUCCCAUGGACCGCAGCCAUUUUCUCCCGCACAGCCUGGUAAUGGAGCACCUGGUCUGAUAUGUUUCAACUGCGGACAGAACCAUCUCUUAGUCCACUGUCGCGCACCCAAGAACUCAGGACAUGGUCCUCCUCAAGCGGCGCCCUUUUCACAACAACAGCAAUUCCCCGGUACGAAUUAUCAUGGUUCGGCACAAACUGGGUCAAAUCAACCUCACCAGCUCUAUCCUCAGCAUCAGCAGUAUGCUCCUACACCUAAUCAACCGGCGUUCUCUUACAACCAAGGUCCUCCGCAGCAGUCAUACAGCGCACCGCCUGUUAAUACUCCGUAUGGCAAUAUCCCCUACCAGGCACACCAGACCUACCAGUACUCCGGUCCUGUCCCUACCCAGUAUGGCGGACCUCCACACAUGAAUCUUGGACCUUCUAACAAUGAGCAAUAUGCCAUGUCUCAGAAUACGAUCCCCUUCGAAACGCAAUCGUUACACCCUCAUGGAAACCAAACCGGUGGAUACGGUGGUAGUAUCAAUCCACCGCAUCCUAACUUCCAAGGCCCCGUCCAGCAACAGCAAUGGAAUACCAUGCAGCCGCCUGUGCAAAAAGUUCCUCCACAUCAACGUCAACAGAGAAGUCAUUCUGAUGUUAUCUAUAAAUCAUCCACAUCUGGAUUUCAUGCCCAAUCAGCACAGCCAGUCCAAGGCCAUAGCAAAGCGCAAAGCAGCGAUAGACCUCCUAUAGCCCAGGGACCAGUUGCUAAGCGUGAGCGUCAGUUCAACGCUGGGAUUCCCCGAAACACACCUUCUACCACGAUUAGCCAAUCAAACGGACCGAAUGCUGCAUCUAGCAAACGUGGAUCUGAUGCUGUUAGUGUUGUGAAGGACGUCGAUAAAUCAAAUUUGAGGACCACAAAAAGCGCAACCGCCUCGUCAAGGACCGAGGAGAGUAUUGAGACUGUCGACGAACUAGACAAAAAGCAACAGUUCGAAUGGGACAUGGCAUGUAUAUUUACCGACCCGCCUGCGACAGAGACAGUUCGCUUAGCCUGUCCGUUGUCCAUAUCUUUCGCCGUCACUCCUGUUCCGCUCCUCAACACUGAGUCCAUGAUUCCUGUUUCGCGAUUCGUCAAGGGGGUUUCGGUUAAAGAUUUUUCAAAAAGUGUCAGAGACGGCCCAACUUGGUCGGCUAUUAAUACCGACCCUGCCUUCGUCGAAUUAAAUCUGGAUGGCCCAUUGGUUCCUAUUGACGAUAUACCACGUUGGAUGGCUCACCGCCAAGGUAUUACCGAUUAUAUUAGAGACGAUCUGAUAACGACUCGUAAACGCACCCGUCCUCACGAAUCAGCUAUAGAUGCAUCGGCAGGGUUGGUUGAUGGUCACAUUGUCACCGAAACGGAUUCUGAAUCUCACGAAGAGGCACCUCCUAGCAAACGCCAGAAAAAUGAGGAAGUCGAUCAAAAAAUGAGCAGGGUUGGGACGCCAGUAAUCGAGACCCAAACUUAUGUAGCAAGGGGUGGUACGCCAUGUCUGGUGAAUGACGAUCAAGCAUGGGCUCCUGAGCCAGGCGAAAGAGCAGCAUCGCCUGCCACUUCCGAAGACCCAACGGAAGCAUUGCUCGCAUCUUUGGGAGUAACGGGCGCACCAAAGCCAGUUAAUAUAGAUCCAGUUCCACCAUACGCAGCGCCACAACAUGACCUGCAAGAAUCUAUAACCGAACAGACAUCGACGGGUCCUUCUCUGCAGAGGAUUAAAGCUCGAGGCCCUCGUGGGAUCGACCAACAGAGAAACUCAUCGUUACCAAUUCCAACAAACCUUGGCCCUAGUAACCAUAUAGGUUUGAACCCGCAAAAUCAAUCCUUUAACUACUCAAAUGGACCUCACAAACCUCACCACCAAGGUGCUGCCCAAAGCGGUCCUCAGAAUACUCCGCUCCAGUAUAAUAAACUUCGACCAGCUACGAACGAAGUACCCCAGUUGUCUCAGAAUAACUACCCCGCCUACCAAGAAGCACAGCCGUUUCAAUACCAGUCUCUGAGUCCUUCUCAAGGUCAAAUUCCAUACGCCAAUGCUUCACAAAGCCACCCUUAUGUAAACUCGAAUGGUCAGGGCCAUGUUCAAGCAUUCAACGGCAACUACGGCCCUCAACAGCCUCCCCACCCUGCCCAAGCAGCUUAUGCCAAUGUAAAUACCAUUAGCCCACUGUCGUAUACUAAUCAAGCUGCCCAAUUUCAUCAGCCACGCAUGAAUGGCAAUACAUUAAAUGGCCAGCUCCAGCAUGAGCAAUUUGGUUUCAAUCAAGCCACUAACACAGUAAACGGUCAGAUACAGCAUAUUGGCUCUGCCCCGAUUCAGCACGGUCAUAGCAUAAAUGGCCGCCAACAAAUGCACCAUGCGUCCUAUGGACCACCAAUCGACCAGCGUUCAAAACACCAGUAUGGAUCUGCGCCAGGACCGCAACAACUUUUCAAUUUUUCUGGCAACCAGCCGAAUACUUUCGGACCACAACACCAUGGGCAAUCAGAUACCAUUCACAAUGGCAAUAACCACAACGCCUUGAAGCCCAAUAAUCAACUGGAGCAUUUUUCAUCUGGUUUGAACAAGCAAAGCAACAAUCCAACGCGCCAAGACUCGGGUUACAGCAGUUCGGGCGGCUCGCACAGCAACGGUUUAAAUAAAAACACCCAACGGGGAGGACAGAAUUCCCAACGAAAUCUCCAACAAAUUGCUCCUCCUAACGGUCCUGUUGCUUCCAAUAAACCAGAAAAUGACGAUGGCCGAAUUGUUGAUGCUAGCUCUCCCAUUACCUAUGGGAACGCUUCAUCAGGAGAUGAGAUAGGCCACUUGCGUGACCCAUCAGAUUCUACAGUAGACGGUUCGCCACUGAGCCCAAUGUCUCGAGAGAUCUUGGGAAGUCUUCUUGUACCCGCCCCUCGAAAGUCCAGCGGAACCAAGAAACGACCAGCACCAGUGGUUGAUGAAGCAUACAGCCGUCGCUGGUAG